CAUCCCCUCCAUCACAUUCCAAAACAUAUCAUCAAAUCCCUUCAAUUAAAUUAAGUCCCUUCUUUCUCAUUUCUCUCUCUCUUUCUACAAAGAAAAAAAAAAAUGUACUACACAAGAAGGAGGUCCAAAAGAACCACCAAAGAAGACCCACCCUUAACACCUUCACAACCACCUCCAACAGUACAAGAAGAAUCACAAGAAGUGAUAGAGGAGAAUAUUAAGGAGAUGAAUAAGAGAGAUCUCAUAGAGAAGGACUUGUCAUUUCCUACUACACUAACCCGAGAAGCUCCCCCGACGCUCCCCCAGCAGGCGCUGCUGUCGCAGGCACUGACGAACACGGCGACCCUGGCGAAGCUCCUCCCGUCGGGCACCCUCCUCGCCUUCCAACUCCUCACCCCGGUAUUCACGCACAACGGUGUGUGCGACACCGCCACCCGCAGCAUGACGCAGGCCCUCCUCGCCCUCCUGGCCUUCUCCUGCAUCCUCGCCUGCUUCACCGACAGCUUCCGCUCACCCGAUGGCCGCCUCUUUUAUGGCCUUGCCACUCCACAUGGUAUGUGGCUCUUCGAUCCUUCCGCCAUCACUGCAGCCGACCAGAUCCCCGACAUGUGCAAGUACAAGCUCCGCGCGAUCGACUUUGUCCAUGCGGCGCUGUCAGCGGCGGUGUUCGUGUGCGUGGCCCUGCGCGACAAGAACGUGGUGGGCUGCUUCUACCCGCAGCCGGAGAGGGAGACGCAGGAGGUGCUGGACAUACUCCCCCUGGGGGUCGGAGUCAUCUGCAGCUUGCUCUUUAUGGUGUUUCCUACAAGAAGGCACGGAGUUGGCCAUCCUGUGAGCCCUGGAUCACUAAGUUCACAGAAUUAGGGUUUCUUUCUCUCUCCCUCUCCUGUAUAUACAGUUGUUGUUUUAUUUAACAGAUCGAGCUGCAUGAAACAAAAAUUUUGUGGAGAGUAUCCUGAUUACAGUGAGAUCGUCGCAUCUGCCGUUUAUUAAGAUUAGAGCGUUGUACAUGGUGAAUGCCAGAUUAGACAAUCUCGCCGUGGAAAUGGUCCCUACAAAAUUUUUGCAUGGUGAUCGAUUAGUGGCUAACAUAUUUGUUGAUUCAAUUUGUAAUUAUUUAACUCAUUCUUCUUUGGUUCUCAUGAUGUAAAUCUCAGUGGAACCAAUGGCCAUGUGCAUCAUUUGAUCG